AUGAGCGAGUUUGAACAACUUGGCAUUCACCAGUGGCUAUCAAAACAGUGCGCCUACAUGGCGUUGCAACACCCCACACCCAUCCAGAAGCUUUGUAUUCCCGCAAUUUUAGCUGGCAAGUGUGUGGUUGGAGGCGCAGCCACUGGUAGCGGUAAGACGGCGGCAUUCGCCCUCCCAGUGCUGCAAAUCCUCGCUGAGGACCUCUACGGGGUGUUCGCACUUGUAUUGACACCAUCCCGCGAACUUGCUUACCAAAUCGUGGAUCAGUUUGUGGCGCUUGGCGCACCGCUGCAUAUACGCACCGCCAUUAUUAUUGGCGGCUUGCCGCACGAGCAGCAGCUGGAUGCGUUAAAAGCCCGCCCACAUGUCGUUGUCGCCACGCCGGGUCGCCUGAAAUUUAUGUUGGAAAAAUUCCCGGAGGCUCGCAAAGCCUUUCUACAUCUGCGUUUUCUUGUGCUUGACGAGGCUGACCGACUGACGAGCGAUGACAUUGAAACCGAUGUGGAGGAAGUUGUUCGCCUGCUUCCCCCCGCACGUCCCGAACGGCGUGUGCUGCUCUUUACAGCCACGCUGGAACAGCGUCUUACGCGGGUGGAGGAAGGCGGGUGGCUGGUACGUCUUGGGAUUACACCUGCCGCUCAAAAUUUGGAGGUGUUCGCCACCAACACGGUGACAACAGUUGCUGAUGAUAAUGGGGCUACCACUGAGUCCUAUGCCGUUGCUGACUCACUAAAACAGCGCUACCUCUUUAUCCCCAAUAUGGUGAAGUUAGCUUACCUCGUUGCAUCUAUUCGUGCUGCGGGGACGGAGCAGUCAACCAUUGUCUUUACCAACUCCUGCAUGCGCUGUGAAGUUGUUCGACUUACUUUACAGCUACUAGGAUUUCCCGUCUGCAGCCUUAACUCCGUCAUAUCACAGAAACACCGAGUAGACAACUUGGCUACAUUUAAACUAGGCAUUGCCCGUAUUUUAGUGGCAACAGACAUCGCGAGUCGUGGGCUAGACAUUCCCGCGGUCGGUUUGGUACUGCACUACGACCUGCCCAAACAGGUUUCCACGUACUUGCACCGUGUGGGUCGCACGGCACGUGCCGGUCGUGAGGGUCUUUCAGUUGCCUUCGUGACAGAGUACGACGUGAAUUUGGUGCGUCGUCUCGAGAGGAAAAUGGACUGCACCAUGACGCUUUGGAAGGCCAAGGGUGUCAAUGAGAAGGAAGUGUUAAAACUUCUCGAUGAGGUCUCUGCAGCGAAAGUGCAGGCGAAGAUUCAGGUGGAGGACCAGUUUGGGCGACGUGUCAACACAUUGAAGGUCCACGCUGCCGAAAAACGAGCACGCCAGCGGGAAGAGCAGCAGCAGCAGCAGCAGCAGGAAACCACCGCGAGGGUUUGCCGAGUUGCCUCCAAAGAAGACAACACCAGCAAAGCGGCUCUGCUGCACCCCAUGCCGGACCAAGACCCCGUUAAGUUGCAGUCGGAAAAAAAGAGGGAGAAGUCCUUAAAGAAGCGGCGAAGAGCCGACGCGUAA